AUGGCAAAGUUUGGAGAAGGUGAUCCGCGAUGGAAAGUUCAGGAGCUUGGAGAGGGAGGAAGAAACGUAAAUGGAUGGCAUUGGACCGAGAAUGAUUGCUUUCCGUUCUUCAAAGAAGAGUUCCAAAAAUCAUUCGAAGGUUGUGCAUCUACUUUCUCUCCUCUCCUCUCACAAACUGCAGGAAAUUACGUGCUCCAGAAUUGCACUGGAGAAGCAUGCGUCAACAGGAGGAAGGGGAACAAAGUUGUGCUGAUCUAUGAAAUCGAGCUCGCAGUGAAAUGGGAAUCAACGCUGAAGAAUGCUGCUGGAGAAGUGGUUUCGACCUCCAAGGGGACGUACGUGAUGCCGUGCAUCGAUACAGUAGAGGAUCUCGACAACUUUGAGAUUCAAGUCAAGUUCAACAAGGAAGGGGCUGAGUUCAAAGCUGCCAACGACUUCGCCAAGACUCAUGGUCAGAAGAAGACCGUUACUGACCGUCCGCAGAUCUUUGAAUGCUUCACCAUCCCGCCUAAGGUGAUGGCGUUUACACAGAGCAAAGCUCAGGUUGGAACCUCCGUUGGAGAAGAGAUCGUGCUCUUUGAUGGAGCCAUCGUUGGGAAGGUGUUAGAAUGUGAAAUGAACAGCAAACUUGUCUGGGAGUGGAGACAAAGCUCCUGGCCAGCUGGAGUUCGAUCCAAGUGCAGCCUUGAGUUUACCGAACCUGGGGAGGGAACCUGUCGACUUAAACUAAAACAGACCGGCAUCCCAUACUCUGACGCUCAUGGAAAUCAUGACAUGCCCCGCGUGGUGGAGGAAGGCUGGAAGCGCAAUUUUUUUGACAGGAUCAAGAUGGUUUUUGGCUUCGGAGCACCAGAAUUUAGUUAA